GACAGAAUCCCUGAAACUCGAAACCUGUGUUUUUUCUGCUCUCUGCAUUUUGGAGCAGAUCGUAAGCUCUAUCUCUAGUCUCUACCGCACUCGGGAGCUCUUCCGGAGCUGCAAUCGCGGCAGAGUCUUGUUGGAGGAGAUGAAGACAUCCAACAGAAGUCAGUUUCCGGCGAAAAUACCGGCAAUACUCUAUUCAAAAACCCUAAAUCCAUCACCGGAUUCGGAUCUUCAAGAGAAAUGUAGCGAUCGGAAGCCCCAGCGGAGGAAAACCAGAAACCCUGGAUUUUCUGCUGCUGGAUUCCGGCUGAAGAAAGACGGAACUCCAGGUGGGAAGAGGAGUGGACCUGCUACUCCCCUCUUACGGUGGAAGUUUGACGACGGUGAUUUCACUGUUGGAAACGAUAAGGGGCCCGAGUCUAGUCGGAAAGGUCGACGGAAAGUGAAGAGCAGUGUAGAGGUUUCUCUUUCGGCCAGGAAGCUCGCUGCCGGGCUGUGGCAUUUGCAGCCGCCUGAGGUUUCCGGAGCCGGAGGUACAGGAGAAUGCCGUGCUCUGCAGAAGAGGCCAUCCAAUAAAGUUGGGCUUGAGCCCGGCAAUGGGCAUGUAGGAGUCCCUUUUCUCUGUCAUCGCAGUAACAAAGAGUAUGGUGCAGAAGCAAAGGAUCUGUUGCAGAGCCCCGUUUCUGUCGAUGGUCCAAAGAAUGGAAUUCUGUAUAAGCUCCAACCUUCCUUACAAUUUCCUAAUUCUGCAAUGGAGGGAGCAACAAAAUGGGAUCCUGGGUGCUCUAAAACAUCAGAUGAGGUUUACCAGUUUUAUGGCCGAAUGGGACUUCUUGAAGACCAACAGGCUACCACUGUAUCUGUCAUAUCUACUCUGCAAGCAGAACUUGAGCAGGCUCGGAAUCGGAUUCAGGAGCUUGAGUCUGAGCGCCGGUCCUCAAAGAAGAAAUUGGAGCACUUCUUAAGGAAACUUGCAGAGGAAAAGGCUACAUGGAGGAGUAGAGAACAUGAGAAGAUCCGCACUAUAAUUGAUGAUAUGAAGGAUGACUUGAACAGGGAAAGGAAAAACCGUCAAAGGAUGGAAAUUGUUAACUCAAAAUUGGUCAACGAGCUAGCAGAGGCCAAGCUAUCUGCAAAGCGGUUUAUGCAAGAUUAUGAGAAGGAGAGAAAAGCCAGAGAGCUAAUGGAGGAAGUCUGUGAUGAGCUUGCAAAGGAAAUUGGAGAAGACAAGGCUGAAGUUGAAGCAUUGAAGAGGGAAUCGAUGAAAAUUCGUGAGGAAGUGGACGAGGAGAGAAAGAUGUUACAGAUGGCUGAGGUCUGGCGUGAAGAAAGGGUUCAGAUGAAGCUGGUUGAUGCAAAAUUAACACUAGAAGCGAAGUAUUCACAGAUGAGCAAGCUUAUAGCAAACCUGGAGGCUUUUCUGAGAUCAAGAAGUGCAACUCCAGAUGUGGUGGAGAUGAGAGAAGCAGAGAUGCUUCGAGAGGCAGCUGGCUCAGUAAAGAUUCAAGAUAUCAAAGAGUUUACUUAUGAGCCCCCAAACUCAGAGGACAUCUUUUCUGUUUUUGAAGAUCUCCAACCGGGAGAAGCUAAUGAAAGGGAGAUUGAACCAUGCGUAGGUUAUAGCCCUGCUAGUCGGGCUUCCAAAAUCCAUACUGUGAGCCCUGAGGUCAAUGGGUUGAAUAAAAGUUCCAUGCAGAAGCAUUCAAAUGGAUUCAUUGAACAAAAUGGAGAGAUAGAAGAAGAUGGGAGUGGCUGGGAGACAGUGAGUCAUGCUGAGGAUCAGGGCUCAAGUUAUUCCCCGGAAGGGAGUGAUCCUUCUGUUAACAGGAUGCACAGAGACAGUAAUGUAUCUGAGAGUGGAACAGAAUGGGAAGAUAAUGCAGGUCAUGAUACCCCGAAUACUGAAAUAAGUGAAGUUUGUUCUGUAUCAGCAAGGCCCACGAAGAAGGCAUCAUCCAUAACCAGACUUUGGAAAUCAUGCCCCAGUAAUGGAGAAAACUACAGGAUAAUCUCAGUUGAAGGGAUGAAAGGAAGGAUUUCAAAUGGAAGAAUUUCUAAUGGGGGGAUUGUUUCACCAGAAGUAGGGUUAGGUGAAGGUGGGCUCAGCCCUCCAAGUUUGAUGGGGCAAUGGAGCUCACCUGACUCUGGGAAUCCACACAUAACUCGAGGGAUGAAGGGGUGCAUUGAAUGGCCACGGGGCAUCCAGAAAAAUAGUUUGAAGGCAAAGCUUUUGGAGGCAAGAAUGGAAAGCCAGAAAGUCCAAUUGCGCCAUGUUCUUAAACAGAAGAUUUAAAUGAACCAAGUUGCAGGAGGAAAUAUUCAUAAUUCUGGUUCGAGAAAGCUUGCUCAACGUAGCUUACAAAUAAAACCAGAUGGAGAUAAGCAACAAAGUUUCUGGUGGAGUUGUAAGUACCAUAGAGGAUUGUUGGGGAAGCUGCAAAGAUCACGGACCUGAUGCUGUAGCUGGUUAUCCAUCUUUUGGUCUCAUUUGGUCAACUGCAUGAAAAGAAUUUCUUCUCAUGGUUUUUUGUCUGCCUGCAUAUUACCUUAAACCUGGCAAGAUCGGUAAUUUUCCCCAUCAUGAGCAAGCCAUAGGUUUGAGUGGGGCAAGCAAUUCAGGAGCAAGCUAUGCAAUCCGUAUUGUAUUACUUAUGCACAUUGAUAAAGCAACUAAGAAAUACAAUUUGACACCAUUCUCUUCUCUGUAUGUUAUAAGAAACUCUACUGUAUAAUUUGGAUAUGUCGGAAUGAAUUUGACUGGGAAAUUUUCUGGGAUCAUCAUAAGAAGGGUACUUGUUCACUC